CCCCCAACCUGGACAUGACCAAGGAGGAGUACGAGGUGGGAGUGCUGGGGGCACCCCACAACUCCGUGCCCCUAACGUCCACCGUGAUCAACAUCCACAGCGACACCUCCGUGCCCGACCACGUCGUCUGGUCCCUGUUCAACACGCUCUUCAUGAACGUCUGCUGUCUGGGCUUCGUCGCCUUCGCCUACUCCGUGAAGUCUAGGGACAGGAAGAUGGUGGGCGACGUGACCGGGGCCCAGGCCUACGCCUCCACCGCCAAGUGCCUGAACAUCUGGGCCCUGAUCCUGGGCAUCCUUGCGACCAUUGGUGCCAUCAUUUUAAUGGUCUAUAGCUCUGUGGCAGUCUAUCAUAUGCUUCUGCAGGUCCUAGAGAGAAACAGAGGCUACUGAUAAGCGGCUUUCGCCUUCGACUCGUGUCCUCCCCCAUCUACAGCCUGUCCUGCCCCUGGGGCUGCUGGCCCCGCGCCACGCUCAUGCCACCCUUCCCCUUUACACAGUGGUUUUUGCUCACCCACUUUUCUGCAGUGGCGGUCAAUAAAGUGCAUGUUUCCUGAU